GAUCACGUGGACCAGGCAGUGAAUUACAUAAAGCAUAUGCAAAAGAAAAUUGAUGAAAUGAAAAUGAGGAGAGACAAGUUGAAGAGGUUGUCUAAUUCAUUAGGCCCUAGUUCUGAUGCUGAUCAGGAACGAAACUCGGAUACCAGUGGUUCGUCCAAUUGCGUGAGUGUGAAUGUGGAUGUUUGCCAGGGCGGAGUGGAGAUCUUAAUCAGCAGUAGCCUCAAUGAGGGAAAUUUCCCACUUUCAAAAGUUCUUGAAGAUUUGCUCAGGAGAGAGCUCAAUGUACUUAGCUGUGUUUCUACCAGAGCCGAUGGACAGUCCGUCCACAAAAUUCAGAUUGAGGUCAAUGAUCUCAGAAGCAUUGAUCUAGCUGAGCUUCGAGACAGACUGGCUAAUGUAAUUAAGCUUGCUUAAUUACGAUCGGAAGCUGGAGUAUGUAUAUCAAUCGGCAGGAGAAAAAUCCAGACACAGCUUCUAACUCAUGAUCUUGAAUUUGUAAAUAUGAAAGUUGUUGGUUUUAGUUUCAUGAUGGUAGCGUCCAUCUCCUGGAUUUUAACAUUUCAUUGUUUUCUUUCAUUUAAUUAUUUUUUUCUUUUCAGAUCUCUCUCUUGUCUGUGUCCAAAAGGUUUAAACAUUUUCUUUUGCUGGUAUUGUGAGGGUGUUGGAUUUUUCUGUUCAAAUUCUUGUUAAUUUGCAUAAAAUUGAUGUCCACUCGGAGUUCAUUUGGGGCAUCUUGAUGAUCAUCAUCAUGUGAAAUUGGUCCGAAUUCUUCAAUCACAUUGCCAUUU